CUUCGCGGCCGCCGUACUUCGUUGUUGACAACAAACAUGGCGUCCUCAAUGUCACUUCUCGGCUUGGGACGUUUAUCAGCGAUCAAUGUAACCUCUAAAAUCUUCCUGAACUCUGUCAGGUCUACAAGCACAUCAACAUCGAGGCUGGCAGAGAAACCAGGACAAGACACGCAGCUUAUUACAAUUAAUGAGAAAUUGGACAUCACGCCUGUGACAGGAGUUCCCGAAGAGCACAUCAAAACCCGUAAGGUCCACAUCUUUGUCCCGACUAAAACCGCCAUGCAGUCGGGAGCCAACAGCACCAAGAAGUGGAAGAUGGACUUUGACACUAGAGAGCGCUGGGAGAACCCGCUGAUGGGCUGGGCCUCAACUGCUGAUCCUUUGUCCAACAUGGUGCUCAGUUUCUCCUCCAAGGAAGAUGCGAUUGCUUUUGCCGAGAAAAAUGGUUGGAGCUACGACAUAACAGAGAAGAGGUCCUCAAAGCCUCGAGUGAAGUCCUACGGAGCCAACUUCUCCUGGGACAAGAGGACCAGGAGGUCCGCUAAGUAAACCAAGAGACACAUCUGUUGGUUGGCUUGACCUCCGAUUGUCCCAGAACAGACCUGUACCGCUCUCCUCAAUAAAUGCAUAAUUAUAUAUAUGUCUGAACCAAA